UAAAUUUAUUGUAGGAAUGUCAUGCAUCCUUCUUUAAUUUUUUUUUAAUUUUCUGAAAAAACACGUAAAAUUUUUCUGGAAAGUCAUUAUAAUAGUGAAGAAAGAAUUACUUCUUAGAAAGUGUAGAUAGAGAGGGUUUUUGAAAAAGGAGCAUAGAGAAGGACUAAGUUUAUAUAAAGCUAAGUACAUUAGUAAGUUUAAGAAAUAAUGGCAGAUGAACCACCAACAGAGGAACCAGCUGCUGAAGCAGAUGCUGAGCAAGCAGAAGAAGCGCCUGCUGAACCCCCAGUUGAACCACCCACUGAGGAGCCACCUGGUGAAGAGCCGACCCCUGAAGAACCAGCCCCCGAAGAACCUCCUGUUGAAGAGCCAGCAGACGAACCAGCGGAAGGUCCUGCAGAAGCCGGUACUGAAGAAGAGGCUCCUUCACCUAUUGAAACCCCUCCAGUUGAUGAAAAGUCACCAGUUGAAGGAGUUGAAGAAGGUGAAGAGGAGGGAUUUAUUAGUGAAUAUGUUGAGGAAGAGCAGACGGAAAUAGACGAAGUUCCUUCACCCGAAGAAGAGAAACGGUUAAGUCAGAUAUACGCUCAGUUGACUUUAAAGAUAAUUUCCCAAAAUAAAGUUUUGAAUGAGUUGAAGGAGAAGGUGAAACAGAAAUGUAUGAAAUAUCCUAGAACUGCAUGUGAAGAGAGAGAAAUAUGUAAUUUGAAGAUAUGCAUGGAGCAAGAAAAUUUGAAACUGCAAUGUCUUGUGAAGAAUGCAAUGACGAUACAGUCAAAGGAUCCUGACCGAAAAUGGCCGCCAAUUCCUGUGGAGACAACAUUUGAUGAGGAUUGCAUGCCACUUCGGGUGAAUUACAAUGCUAUGACAACGUGUUUCGGACCACUGAAGGGUGAUGGUGGUCAAAAACUAACCCGAAAAUGGGAGGAUGUAAGAUGUACUUCGACCGAAACGACCAGCCAAUCGACAACUGACGACAGCUGCAUGAAGAUGUCUAAAUCAGCUCAUGGAAAACAGAAAAAGCGUGGGGGACAAUUUUCGAAAGAGCUUUCACGAAGUUACAGUAUGCAGGAAAAACUUGUUGCUGAUAAUGCGGAUUUGGAGGGGGAUAGGUACAAACUACAAGAGGAAUUGCUUAGUCGUGACAGGAUGAUAGAAUGUCUGCAACAAAAGGUGUGUUUGAUGCAUGCUGAACUUACUAAGCUUUGUCGACAGACUCACGGAGGAAACAAAAAAGACAGGAAAGGUUACCUCGAUGAAAUACCUAAAUUGCAAUCCCGGCUGAAGGAUCAAGACUCAACAACUAAGUUACUUGCGAACGCUAUGGAUAGAAUCCAAAGCGCUCUCGAUUGUCUUAAGUUGGAAGUCGACGCUGUGAAAAAGUAUAAAGAUCGUAGUAGUCAACCUGCGGAAAAGGACACCAAAAGCGGUAAAUCCCGUAGUGGAAAAAACGAACUGCAGAAUCUGAAGCAAAAAUACUGUGAACUUUUGGAAGACUACGCCAGCAAAGAACGGGAGCUUUCCGAGCUCAAGGAAAAAGUUGAUGCUUUUAUCGAAGGAAGGCAGCUAAAUAGCAGUAAAGCUGAUGCUGGACAGGAAGCUGAAGUGCGAUUGUUGAGACAAAAGCUUAAAGAAACUAGGGAAGAACAAGAGGAAUUUAAGGUCAUUAUCUGCGAGCAGUCGAAGCAGACGGAAGAGUACCGGGAGAAGUAUAUGUCCUCGUUGCAAAAAAUCGAGGAACUCAAAUGCAUUUUACAGAAAAUGGAAGUUGAUAAUAAACGCAUCGAAGACCAAAUCAAUUUAGAAAUCCAAAGGAUCAAGGACAAGUUCCAGGAGAAACUUCAAGAUUGGGCUCACCUCCCUCAGAUGUUGGAAAACGAACAAGUCAAGCUUGCUCAAUGUUGUAAAGAAAAGGACGAAAUGGAAUCAAAAUUGAGAAUAGUUUGUCGUGAGCUUAAAACUCUCAAGGCACAAAAGAGUCUGGAUACAGGUGAAAAAGAUGAUCCUGACAAGUUGCAUCGUUUGGAGGAAGAGCUUGCUGAUCUCAGAACCCAGUAUGACAUGCUUCUGGAAUGCAAGAAUCGUCUGUGUGAAAAAUACGAACAAGUGAAAAAGGAACUAGAUGUCCUGAGACAAGAAUCCGCCAAGAUUAUUUGCCGCCUUAAGGAGCGCGCACAAUCGAAUCAGGCAACCCUUCAGAAACAUAUCGACGAUCUGGAACAUGAUUUGGCUCAAUGCCGUGCCACUGCAUCCCUUUCAAUUGCCGAUCGUGAGGAGGUGAUUAAGGAUAUGCAGUCGCAGUUGAAUGUUUUAGCUUUGAGUUUUGACUCCGCCCAGAAACAAAUUAAAUCGCUGAAGGACCAUAUUUGUUACCUGUCCCGAGGGAAAGCGAAUUCUGUUGUUAUUGCACUGCAAAAUCAGCAAGUGUGAGUUUUGGUAUAAAUUUUGAAAUAAAAUUGAAGGUAAAGUCUAUUUUGGAAUUAAUUUCGUUCAACUUUCCUGCAGUUGGCUUGAGUUUAUUUGUAUUUGUAUUUAAAAGCCUUAAUAAAUUGGAGAAAGUUGUCAGA